AUGUUCCGAUCAUUAUCUUUCGUGAAUAAUUUAAUUUUUCAUCGUAAUAAAUUACUAUAUCAUCAUAGAUAUUUUGCUGAUUUCAUUUCUUCAAAAUUAUCUGAUAAAACAAAUCAAACAUCAUCAUCAACAGUAGACACAAAUGAAUGGCUUUGGGAAUAUUUACGGCAUCGUCAAUCAUAUCAAUCAUUAAAUGAUGAACAAAAACGUCAAGUAAUUUUACUUGAAAUUCAAACAUUACGUGAAAGUGGUGAACGUGUACCUGAUAAUAUUCCUGAUGAAUAUUGGCCAGAAUUAAUCUCAUCUCCUUUAUUAAAUAAUCGUAAAUCAAUAUAUAAUUAUCUUUUUCUACGUGAAAUAAGUAAACGAAAACGUGCAAUUGAAAAAGCAGCUGUACAAGAACGACGUAUUAAAUCAGCUGCACAUCAUAUUGAUUUAGCUGCAGCUGGUCUACCAUUAACAAAUUAUCCUGGUUAUACAUCAAUGUUUCGUCAAAUAACUGGUGGUCAUACAGAACGUUGGAUACGUGAUAAUAAAUUAAUAACACAAGCACGUCUUGGUGAAUAUAUACUUGUUGAUUGUGGUUUUGAAAUUGAACAUGUUCGUUCAAAAUAUAUAUCAAAAUUAGUUGAUCAAAUUGAAUAUUUUUUUUCUAAUAUAUAUCGAUAUCAUUCACCAUCAUUUGUAACAUUAUGUAAUGUUGCAAUUGAUGGACAAAUUCAAAAAGAAUUAUCUAAACGUAUUAAUCAAAAUCGUGGUAUAUCAUGUUUUGAAACAACUGAAGAAAAUUAUUUAGAUUUAUUUGAUAGACAAAAAUUAAUUUAUUUAACACCACAUAGUCCAUAUGAAAUGUCAGAAUAUGAUCAUGAUGCUGUAUAUAUUAUUGGUGCUAUUAUUGAUGUUAGUGUUGGUGGGCGACCUUUAACAUUAGCAAAAGCUAAAAGAGAUAAUAUAAAACAUCAAAGAUUACCAUUAGAACGAUAUUUAAAAUUUGGUAGUAGUACUAGUCGUGCAUUAUCAUUGGAUAAAAUUUAUUUUAUUUUAAUGGCAUUGAAACAUGGACAGUCUUGGACUGAAGCAUUCCAAGCUAUUCCGGAUCGAAAAGUUGUUGAGCGUUUUAAUCAACCACAUUUAGGUAGAAAUGAAUCAGGCCGUUGGGGAAAAUGGGCAGGCAUUCGAAAUAGAACAGAUCAAUGA